CCGGUGACGCCAUGUCACAUGGCGGGUUUUCAACAUGUGCGGACUGGUUCUUAGCGGUUUUUAAGAUUAGUUAAAAAAUACUUUAACGUUACAUUUCACAUCCAAUCACGUAAAAUAGUAUUGAAAAUGAAUGUAGAUUCGUAUUACACAUUUAAUUUUCCUAGCGAGUAUCUGCGUUUCCUCACGUUUCCGUUCAUUUGCUUUUCUUUGGUUAUCACCUUGAAUUUGCUAAGGCGUAAAUUUCCUAUCACAGUCAACUGUUGGUUCUGUAAUCAAAAUACUGCACUGCCAUACAAAGAGAGGAACAGUUUUACUUGUCCAUCGUGCCAUCAGUACAAUGGAUUCACCGAGACUGGUGAUUAUAAUAAAGUGAUACCUGAACAGCAGGAUGAACUGCUUAAUCACAUUGUGUCACCAAGAAAGUUGCAUUCUGCCAGAGCUUCAAAUGGCUUAUGCCAAAUUUGUAAUAAUAACCAACAGUUGAAGAUUUAUCAGCUAGCCAAUUUUGUGCCAUUGAAUGAGGAUAACUAUGAUGUAGAAAUUGAGCAUUUCCAGACACAGCUGGAGAAAGCUUAUAAACUAUGCCAAUCUUGUAACGCCACAGUAAAGAAUACAAUUUCAAAGAGAAAUUGUGCACUGUUGGGGAAACAGAUUGAAGAGAUUCGAAAAUCGGGAAAAACGCUACUCAAUCAAUCAACUACUGCCAAACAAAAUAUCAGUAACUUAAAAAAAGGCAUUCUGUGUUCCAUAGUGAUAUCAACAGUGUAUUUUGUGUCUAAAAAUAGAAAAGAAUGGAUUGUGUUCAUGCAGAUGAUUGAAGAAUAUAGUUUAGAGUUGAUGUCUGCUCUAAUAGGCAGCUUAAUCACAAUGUUAGUUAUGCGCGUGACGUCACCACGAGUUGAAUCAGCACCAUUACUAACAGUAAAGAAGAUAAAAAUAGAAAAAACUACACCGGGUUCGCGUAUAUCGACUGGUUCCUAUACAACUUCACCACAACACAACGAUAUGUCCGGAGCAGAUAUAAGUUACACCAGUUUUCACUCACCUUUGAAUUCCACAACGAAAUCCGACGAUGGCGGAAGCAUCUGCUCGGAAUUAGAAAGAAUAUCGGCCGAUACCAACUCCAGUGACAGUUGUAAAACCAUAUUACGAAAAUCUCCGUCCGCUCCAUCGAUGUAUUCAUCAUUCACUGCCACGCAGAGUCCUUUUCCCUCUAAACCGCCCCUCAAUCACACUUUCCAGCAGCUAAAUAUCAAUCUCAAUGCGCAAUCAACCUCCAAUCGCGUCAUCUUAUCGCCAGCGAAAUUCCGGAAUCCAUGGACUGGUAAACCCUGGGACACGGAAAUAAACAGUAGGUCUUCAAGUCAAAGUUCCGGUGUUUACUCACGCGCGACUUCCAUUUGUGGCGAUGACAUCACCUCCGACCAGAAUCUGUUCAAAAAUGUAACAAAUCCACUGCCGACACACAUUUAUCCGAAUAAUAAUUUUAAUACUAUAGAUUCUAUGAACGUAUUUGGUCGAAUCUAUUAACUGGGUUGAUUUUGCGGGUUUACUUGUAAUUUAUGUCUGUAUUAUUUAUGUGUUCAAUGGAAUAUUUGUGAUUUUUGGGUUUGCAAAGACGCCAGGACGUAUUUUGCUACAAUCUAAGCCAAAAUUUAAUGAUUUUCGAUUGAUAAUGAAAAUUCGAAUAAAAAUUUAAUGUUUUACAUGAUUUGUUAUGCAGUUGUGUGUUCACUAUGAAUAAAAAUAAUGAUUAAACAAUAA